AUCCGAAGGGCCGGAAAGGUCAUCGCGAUGAUGUUUUGGUAUGCGAAGAGCGUCAUCAUCGGGGAUUUUUUAGAAAAAGGAAAAACGAUCACUGGACAAUACUAUAGUGAGCUAUUAUACUGCUUCGACAAAAAAUUGGAGGAGACACGGCCACAUUUGAUGAGAAAGAAAGUGCUGCUUCACCAAGAUGACGCACCAGCACAUUCAUCUGGAGUUGUCGCCGCCAAACUGCAUGAAUUGCAUUAUGAAGUGCAAAUGUUGCAAUUAUCAUUAUUACUGGGUGUUCUUCACUCUAGUGUAGCGUUUGUGACGUCACAGUGACCAUCACAAACGGCUACCCGAGCCACUGGCAUGCUGCUGCGAUCGCCGCGCAUGGCGAGGGAGUCACCCACCCCCAAAGCAUCGUCAGUGGCCGCCCCGAAUGCUUCUGCCGCCCCCGGUCAAGACUGUCCUGACGCCGCCGCGCUGCCUCCAUCCAGUGUUGCCGCACUGGAUCAGCAGCAUCAUGGCCACGGUGCGCAUGUGCUCGACUACGCUCCUGCGCCUGGGUGGACCGCGCAUGUUCAGCAGGAGACCGGAAGGCUCUACUACUGCAAGUAAGU